AUGAAGGUCACAAACUUCAUAUGGUGGCUCUCAUGGUCAAGCCUGCUAACCGCUUCUCCCUUGGAAGAGCGUGCAGUCAGCUCUUCGGCAUGUAGCAAUGCUCAGGUCAAGGCUUUACAAUCGAGCAAUGCUGGCUGCUAUUGCUCUUCGUAUCUUCAAAUCCCAGUUUCGACUGUCACAAAAAUUACGACCCUCACAUCAACGAUACAAACGACAACUACGCAGAAGCAAAUAAUGACCAAAAUAUUAACCAAUAAUGUCAAAUCAACAAUAACAACACGGACUGUCACAGCCAGCCCGCAAACUGGAUAUACUACUUUGACGAAGACUGUUACUGUAACACCUCAAGCUCGAUCACUGCGUAGACGGAAGCAUCUCAGUCAUACCAUGAAUUUGGUCGAGAGAGCUGCUGUCUCAACAUGUGCUUCACCCGCGGUGGUCAAAAGCAUGAACAAAGCGGCUAUCUCAAGUGCUUGCAAAUGCCUAUCGAUAGCACCUCGUCGGACCACCAUCACCAAGACUACUACGAAGCGUGUUACUCAAGUCUCGACCAAGAUUGUGAGCUCUACUGCUCUUCGAACCACGACCGUUAGAUCUAGUCUCACUGCAGUAGCGACGUUCACGCCACCCCUCAAAUUGGUCACUCGAACCCGGGUGGUUGUGGUGACCGCAAAGACUUCUACAUCGAAAACUUCUACGUCAACGAAGCCCAGGGGCACUUCAAUCAGCUCUGUGCUAGAUAAUGGCGCAGCUCGGUCUUCAUCAAAGACAUCCAGUCGACCAACAAGCAAUCUUUCGGCGACGCCAUCGUCGAGCCGUCUGACAGUUGACAGUCAGACGUUCAGCAGCAAGUCAUCACACUCUGCCUCAAGCAGUAGACUCGCCACCACAUCCUCAACAUCGAGCAGUACUGUGAUUAGUGCUCAACCUAUCAGUUCGUCCAGCGAUAAGCUACCUAGCUUUCCUAGCAGCAGUCAAUUCUCAAGCAGCAAGCCUAGCAGUACGACAUCCGAGUUUCCUAGCUCGACAGCUGGUGUUGCCGAAGUGCUGAGCACGACGCUAGCGAGUUCGACAGACAAGUCGUCCAGCAGACUCUCCAGCAACCCAACAAACAGGAUGUCAAGUGUGUCUUCACCCUCGUCCUCCAGCAAGCUGCCAAGUACUAGCUCAAGCAAGACUUCGGUUAUGUUGACAAGCAGUUCCACCAAGAAAUCAAGCAGUAGCACAAAGACAACGACUUCUGAAACAGCGUCGAUCAGAGCAUACCCUCCGGAGGGACCACUGUACACACCCAACACAAACGCAUGUGCUUCGAGAACUGCAAAGUCUUUGACCAGCUCAAGUACUCGAAGCAGAACAUCAUCAACAUUCACUUCGAGCAGAUCUGCCAUGAGUUCUUCCUCGAUAUCUUCGUCAAGCAAAUCUCUGUUGACUUCUUCCACCUUUUCCUCGUCAAGCAAAUCAUCAACAUCAAGUUCGAUGCGAAGCAGCUCAACGCCGCGAUUCAGCUUCCCAUCGAACAGCACAAUGUCAUCAUCUACGACUUCAAACCCACCAUCAAGCUCAACCUCCACUGCUCCAGUCAACAGAUUCACCUACGACGACGACUCCUCAGCCAACGACACAUCCCCAGCAGACAACACCACAUCUUUCUCCAACUCAACCAUCCCUAUCUCCCUCCUCAACACCUCUCUCCAAAACUUCACGCCCAAUCAACCAUUCUACCUCCAAUCCCUGUGCACGUCUGGUCUUGAGAUCAGCGGCCUCUACGCAACCCUAAUCCCCACAAACUCCAACCCAGCACUGCAAUUCACUUCCUCGCCCUCCCUAGCAACCCAAUUCUCCCUCUCCACCUCUGGCUACCUCUACGUUCUACCUCCUUCUUCUGCCUACCCCUGGCAAUCCUACUCUGACGAAAAACUACUCGCGAACAUCGACGCCUCGGUAACAGAGAUGGAUUUCUUCUUUAACGAGAAAGAAGAGAUUGAUGCUAUUGGAGCUGAAAUGCCUGUUUGUGGUGUUGAUGAGGAUGGCGUGUUGCAGUGUAAGACAAGCCAAACGAAUGAGGUGUUGUAUUGUGAAGGAGAGGGCACUGUCAAGAUGGCGGGUUGUGUGUUGGAAGGUUGUGAUGCGGCUGAGUUGGCUGUUGUUUAUGUUUAG